AUGGCCCAUGGAAUUGAGUAUGUACACAGAGCGCUCCCAAAUCAACGCAAUGGGGCAAGGGAGACCGUCAAGCCGCCAUCGGACAGAGAUGAAGUGUGGUAUGACCACGAGUUGCUCGCCAACGGCACGGUUGCGCCAUUGACAGUAGCCGGGGCUCCACAACGAGCCGAAAUGCAGCAAAACGCAGAAGCCGAAGCAAUGGAAUAUAUCAUCAACGCACCAAUGACUACCGACCGCGAUCCUGGACCUGAACAGGCAUUGCGCUGGCACCAUCAAGAUAACAAUUACACCUGCAAUGAGGUGGAUGACUUUGUACGCUCGUAUUGGACGUUUGAUCUGCGAGAGCAGGCUCGCGUCUUCUGGGGCUUGAUGGAUGAGCCCUUUGAGAAGAUCACAUAUUCAGAAUUCUCUGCUCAUCGGGAUGCGGUGUCUCUCGAAGGAAGAGCGAUAUUUGAGGCGAAGGCGAAGGAGAUGAUCGCUUCUGCUCCCUUACAGGCAUCUCAAUAG